CUGAAUGCAAGGAAAGUGGUCGGCACUAUUACCUACAUGUGGCGUGAGGGCAUCUUGGCAACUACAAUUUCACGUGUAUAUAAGUGUCAGAUACACGUCGCCCCUUGAGCACAUUCAUGCUAAAAAUCCACCGAAACAAAAGAACAACCACCAAGCUCCAAGAAUUUUUUUUUUAUGCCAAUACAUUGCUCAGAGCUCAACUUUUCACGGCUCAGAACCAAAUCACACCGAAGCCUUCUGCUUCUAACCUGUUUCCAAAUAAUUUCAUCGGUACCCGAUCAGUCCGAUUGAAAGAUUCCGGCCCAUUCACUCAUUGCACCGCAAGCAUUCGCAUCAUAAUGUCUGAUCAACUCAGCAAAACCGAGAGUCAAACGCCGCUUGUGAGGCACGAAACUUCCGACUCCAAGCCGACGACCGCACCCAAGAAGAGGUCACUCUAUCAACGCAUGCAAGACAAAAACCGAGCCGAGAUUUCCGAGGAAGAUUUGCAAAAGUACACGGGAAUGAACAAGGCUGAUUUGAAGGAUUGGGCCAAGGACCGCCCAGGGGUUGGAGCAAAGACGCCCGCUAAUACCGGUAAGAAAUUCGAGUCUUGGGAAUCCAUGCGCGUCACUACAGGAAUUAUGUGACGUGGAUUAUGUGCACUGGGAUGAGCAUGAGCUUGAAGACAGGAAAGCUGAGCCGAAUGUCAUGAAGAUUCUUGACCCAGACUACUUGGUCGGUAUGGAAUAGAGUCUAAGACCAUCGGUUGAAUCACAAAAUUUGAGAUGAUUUCUAGGAUGCUUUUGAUAUAGACUGUAAACGUCUAGCGAAAGGGUUUCCAGACCCCAUUACC